GGUUUGAAUUGCUGGUGAUGGAGCCACCGGAGUGUCCGGUGUGUCUACAGUCUUACGACGGCGAGUGCACAGUUCCUCGCGUGCUUUCCUGCGGACACACGGCGUGUGAGGAGUGCCUGAAGAACCUUCCCAAGAAGUUUCCGAACACAAUCCGAUGUCCGGCGUGCACCGUUCUCGUCAAGUUUCCACCUCAAGGACCAUCAGCUCUACCCAAAAACAUCGAUCUUCUCAGAUUAUUCCCUUCGGUUUCGCGGAUUACGCUGGAACCUGGCAAGAAUUUGAAAAAGCCCAUUGAAUUCGUCACUCGAUCAUGGUCUGACGACUUCUACACCACUUGGAAGGAUCGGAUCCUACUCCACGACGCCGUUUCCGUGGAGAACGUGGAGAGUGAAGGUAGUGAUUUUGGUUCAUCUCGUCGUUUAUGUGGAUGGUUGAAAGAUGAUUCGAGGGUGAGUCUUUUACGGGUUGCUUCGUUCCUGAAUGAUGAUUGUGAUUCUCUUCUCAAGUAUAGUUAUGUUCAGAGGAUGAUGAGUUGUCUAUGGGAGAUGAGAGAGGAGGAGAGAGAUGAGCUUGAUACGAUCAUCUCUGUUAAACAAAGAGGUAUCUCUAAAGUUUUUGGCUUGUGGGGUGAUUUGAAGAAUGGGGUUCUGUAUUUAGUUGGUGAGAAGCUUACUGGAUAUUCGUGUGAGGAAUUCGAUUAUCUAGAUGAAGAUGAGACGUCAUGUUUCGCAGUAAUCGGUAUGCAAAUAUGUGAGGCGCUUCUCAAUUUGCAUAAGGAAGGGGUAAUCACAGGCUGUUUGAGUGUUUCUUGUGUGAAGUUUGACGAGUUUGGGAAUGCUUAUGUUGAUUUGAUUGAAUUGCUGGAAAUUGGAAGGAUCGUGUAUGGAAUCAUCUCUGACGAAAGCAGUUCUUGCAGCAAACCAGUUGGUGCUUUGGAAAUGGGAAUGAUUUUGAAUAGAUUAGUAAAAGAGGGUAUUUUUAUGAGCUCCGAGGUGUUGUUUGAAUUGUUGAAGGAACAAAACAUGUUGAAAUUAAAUGCCAGCUCAAAGUAUUUGGUUUCAUAUAGCUCUGACGUCUGGCCAGUUUGUUUUCUUCUCCUCAAGCUUCUUCUUGGGAAACGGUUUUCUGAGGAGCUGAUUGAAAAUGUAAAUGGUGUGGAUGCAAAAGAAUGUGAAGAGCAAAUUGAGGAUCUCUUGGUGUUGUACACAGGUUUUACGGAGAAACUAAGUUCUAUUCUGGAAUCUAAACUUGGUGGGAAGUUUAAAUCGAUAAUUGAAAUUAUCCGCCAAAGUUGCUGUCUUGAUUCUCAGGCACGUCCAGUUUUAACUGAUCUGUGGAAAUGCUACAGGGAGCUGGUCAUGAAUCGUAGGUUAAUUUAUAUGAUUGGAUUGCAUAAGACGAAAUCUCAGAAAAGGAAAGAGUUUUGUGUGGUUCUAGGUGAAUUAUGCCACCUUGUAGUAGUGGGAUCCAGAGAACUAGAAGAAGAAGUGCCUGGAAUGGAAAAUAGCGGUGGAGCAGAGGAGGGCAAGUUUGACAUAGAUUUUGUUGAAAGACUCUCAGAAGGUAAAAUAAAAUCUAAAGACCUGCGGGGACACCAAGACAGUGUCACAAGUUUAGCGGUUGGAGGUGGGUUUCUGUUUAGCUCCUCGAUUGAUAAAAAUAUCCAUAUAUGGUCUCUGAAGGAGUUCUCCCAUGUGCAUACAUUUAAAGGUCAUCAGGAGAGAGUAAUGGCUUUGAUAUACAUCGAGGGAGCAGAAUCAGUAUGUGUCAGUGGCGACAGUGGAGGAGGUAUAUUUGUAUGGAGCACUAGCUUCCCUCUGGAAGAACAGCCACUAAGAAAGUGGUACGAGCCAAAAGACUGGCGAUAUACUGGCAUUCAUGCGUUGGCAUAUUCAGAAGAUGGAUAUGUGUAUAGUGGCAGUGGAGAUAACACCAUCAAAGCUUGGUCAUUACAAGAUGGAAGCCUGGUUUGCACUAUGACUGGUCAUAAAUCUGUAGUCUCAACGCUUGUUGUGCUGAAUGGAGUACUAUACAGCGGAAGUUGGGAUGGAACCGUACGAUUGUGGAGUCUAAGCGACCACAGUUUUUUGACGGUGUUGGGAGAAGAGACUCAAGGUAUUGUAAGAUCUAUUCUGUCUCUAGCUGUAGACGGCCAAACCUUGGUGGCAGCUUAUCAAAACGGAGAUAUACAGAUAUGGAGGGAUGAUACAUUGAUGAAGUCAAUGAAAAUACAGAGUGGUGCGAUUCUCAGCAUUGCCGUGAACGGUAAAUGGCUAUUUACUGGAGGUUGGGACAAAACUGUCAGUGUAGAGGAAUUUUCAGGAGAUGAGAUAUCUCUAGACUGUACUCACGUUGGAUCGAUCCCGGGUUCUUCGGUUAUCACAUCUUUGUUAUACUGGGAAGGCAAGCUCUUUGCAGGGUUUGCGGAUAAAACCAUCAAGGUAUACUACAGUGGAUGCUAACAAAAACUACAGUUUCUCAUCUUGUUCCUGAAGAUUUUCUACUCUCGUCAAAGGAAGAAGUGUAUAUCUAGAAACAAAUCACGUGUAUAUAUGAAAUGCUUUUGUUGAUACAGUAUACAAAAAUAUAUGUGAUUCGCAGUUUUCUUA